AUAUUCACCAAAUGCUUGAGUAAUCACUAAUUCACUAUCAUCUGGAUAUAAUACGAUUUUACAUAGUGCAUAAAGAGAGAGAUGGGAGCUUACAACAGCAAAGCUGAAGCAGCUGGCUAUACAAAGACGCACAGCGAUGAUGAGGAAUCACUCAAACAGAACAAAGAGGAGGCCGUGAUAACCAUUGAUCACGAGGAUCUCGUCUACGACAAGACUCCGCUGUCCAUCGGUUCGGCUUGUGUCUACGACGAAUUGUGGGUGCAAAUCCCAAGGAACACCACCAUCCCAACCAACAAGUUCGAGUUUUUCAUGGCCACCGCGUUGGACAACCAGGAAUCCAUGAAGUUAUCGUUUUACCAAGGCGAAAGAGCAAAGGCGAGUGACAACAAGCUUCUUGGAACCCUAGAAUUCAAGGGUAUCCCGCCCGCUCCCUGCGGUGUGGCGGAGAUCACGUUUUGCGUCGACGUCGACGGCAAGGGCAACCUGAACGUGUCCGCCGAGGACAAGUCGACCGGGCGGAAGGAGACCAUGAGCGUACCGGGCGUCGGGGUGAAGGGAAAGCUUCUGACGGCGGAGGAGGUGGCGGAGAUGGCUCGACAAGGAGAGAAGCACGAGUCGGAGGAUGACGAGUACGUGGAGAAGGUGAACGCCAUGAGAGCAAUGAAGGAGUAUGCAAUCGUGAUCAGAGAAAACGCGGCGGCGGGGGAUUACUCCCGAAAAACGGAGGACGGGUUCAGGGAUGUGGUUGACAAGAUGCUGGACGAGUUUAAGGAGAAGGCAACGGAAUUUGGAUUGGAAGGUGACAGGAAGAUGCAUGUGUGAAAACCUUAGCUCAUCUUUGAGAUUAAUUAAUAGAUCGUGGUCGGUUGUUAGGGCUUCAAAAUUUUUGGACUUGCAGAUCUAUCAUCAUUGGAUCUCUAUUGUUGUGUUUUUGCUCACGGGAAUUGGUUGUUUAGCCAUGUGCAAUCCCGCAGGAAUUGACAAGAUGCACGUCAACAAAAGUCAAACAUCUCUUUGAAAUUUGAACACCGACUGGUCCAUUGUUAUCUCUAAUGUUCAUUGAAAAUGACAAGAUACAAAUCACACAAAUGUAUCGAUCAUAUGGCGUAACAUAAUUUUCAUAUUAAAUAAAAUUGGAACAC